AUGGGAUUUUUGUAUCAGGUGCUUAAGGAUGUCAGCGAGAAACAGCCUUACAGUGUGGGUAAAGAGGAACUAAAAAAACUUGUUACUGACCUUAAAACUAAAUUAUCCACCGGGCGUGAGGGUUUUAAGGUCAUUGCGCAGGUGGCGAGGAAGGUGCGGGAGUAUAAUGAGAGUGUUGAGAGAAGUAAUAAUGCAGUUAAAAAGCCGAUUGACACUCUUCUAGGACAGGUAGAUGACAAGUUUAAAACUAAGGUAAGUAAUAUAUUAAAAGAUAAUGCUGCUUCAGGUAAGGAGACAUUCACUGAGGAACAGAUCAAGCAAGCUGAUGAUGCUAUCAAGGAAGUGUUAGAGCAGUGUCUUAAGCACGCUUCAAUAUUUAAUAUAGCUUUUAAUACAGUAGAAACUAAAAUUAAUGACAUGAAUUCCAUAUUGCGUGAUAAAGUAAAAAACGCUGGGCGCAAUGUUUUGCAUGAGACUGUGCGUCUGACUGAAGUGUCGGACAAGGCGAAGAAGGACUUCAAGGAGAUGACAGCAAAAAUUAGAAGUGUGCUUGAAUGGCUUGGAAAAGAUGUGAACGAACAAAUUGAUGCAAAAGUGAACGAGCUUGUCGAUUCGUUGAGAUCAUUGGUCGCAGAGAUUCUACACCAGCUUAACGGUGUAUAUGAUAAGCUAGGAAGCUACGUUAACGAGUUGGGAAUGUGGAUAAAUAACACUGAAAGUUUCAUUGAAGGUGUGACAAAGAAGUAUGUCGAACCAAUUGUAAAAAGAGGCGUGGGCUAUGUUAAUCAGGAUGCUAUUAAACAUAAGGUAGAGGAAUUAGCGAAAAAGGGUGAACAGCUGUAUUGGAUUUUCGAGAGCACAAAAGAUAAUGUAACAAAAUUGGUUGAGGAAGUUAAACAGAAAGUGACGGAACUGGAAACUGCUGUACAGGUCGAUUGUUG